GCUUAAGGACCCGCUUUCACAAAGAUUGACCGCGGAGCAUGCGCAUGCGUUGGAGGGGGCGAUGGCUAUGGAUGACAUGUACGGAGGUGAGGGUGGUGUCCUGCCGGAUGAGCCUGUCAAACAGACACAGGUCCCUGCCACAGACCAGGGCAGAGGUGAUGCAAAUGAUCGUGUUGAGGAGCUGCCAGUGCAUACACGUGAUUCAAAUGAUGGGCGCGAUCGCUUGCGGUCACUCGUCGGUAUGACGGCUCCAGCUGUUGGGGGAGGGGCGACAACGACUCCUGGCAGGCAGGUUGCAUCCACAAAUGUGGCGUUGAAAGCGAGGCAGUCGACCUUGGAUCCUUUCAUAGGGAACAAGGUGCAAAAGGAUCUCGAUCGUCUCUUGGCACUUGCCAUGUAUCGAGGCGGUGUUUCCUUCAACUGGAUGCGGUUGAAGGAGACGCAGGAUUAUUGGGAUUACAUUGUCACACUCUUGCGUGCAUCCAUUGUGCCAGUGCCCCAACUGCUGACGUAUGAGGGACUCCGAACAAGGAUGCUGCACAUUAUCUAUCACGAGGUCGCAACACUCAUUGCCCCGAAGAAGGCAAAGCGGGCGGACACCGGAUGCACGGACAAGACAGGCGUCAGUUUAGCGGACAUAUGGGAGAGUGUCAUACGGGAUGACAUUGGGGUCCACAAUGUGAAUGCGAUUUGCACUAACAAUGUGGAGGUCAUGAAGGCGGCGGCCGAUGUUCUGCAUUCCCACCCCGACCACGCCAUUGCACGCAUACCUUGGAUCCCGUGCGCAGCACAUUGCCUGAGCUUGUUGUUGAGGGACAUUGCUGCACAGCCUUGGGCUAGAUUGGUCAUGACGCGGUCACACAAGAUGGUGAAGUUCAUGAGAAACAAACAGAGGGCGCUCGCGCUGCAUCGGGGCACGGAGCAUGCGCUGGACCUCAGACGACGGGCGGAUACUCGGUUCAGGACUGCUUUCAUGAUGUUCGAGAGGCUGUGGGCACAGAGGUUCGUGCUUGACGAGGUGGUGUCAUCGGAUAAUUGGAGACCUGCACGAUGGGCCGGCGAUGCACGGACUGAGGAGCCGGAGGUCCGCAGACUGUGCAGAUCUGAUUCAUGGUGGCAGCAGGUGAAGAGAGUGAUGGACGCCAUGGAGCCGUGUUACAAUUUCCUCAAGGACAUGGACCGUGAUGGGUCGUCACCGCCUAGUUCGUGGGAUUUGCAGUCAAUCCUUGAGAGGAAGAUUGAUGCUUUGCACUUGGAGGAGCGUGAGAGGGUGGCUAUCAUGGAGAUUGUGGAGGACAGGUGUGCGAUGAUGUGUCAGCCUGCCCAUGCUGCAACUUAUUUGUUGGACCCUCGUCGGCGUGACGAGCGAGCAUCUACAGGAGUCAUGGGUGGUGUCGACCGCGGCUCCAGCCAUGCGACACAGGGAGGGAGACGCAGCUUGUUAUUGACGAGUCGUGUACCCUUGACCAGUCCAACAAGCAUUCCGCCGCGGCCCGGACCUGGAGCCAUCCAUUCACCCCACUCAUCCACGCUCAGUGGGGGCUUUAGUCUUCCCACGUCAGUACGGCCGUCAUCGUCCACGACGAUUUGCACGGCCAUGCGCAGUCCACUUGGGAUGCCCCCGUUGUCGGCACGACGACCAUCAGCCAUCCGCGAUAAUGUCAAGACGAGUCGUGUCGGCAGGAAGAAGAGACAGAGUGAGGACGACGGAGGCGAGGAUCCACCCCCCGCACGCCCCAAAGCAGGCACCGGUCGAGCACGUGGCCGCUCACGUGGCUCCGGCAGAAGACGAGGCAAGCAGCAACAAUCAUGGGCACUGAGUGCACUGGGGGAUGCUCAUGCAGAGACUACUGAUCUUGCGGAGGGGAUCGCUGCAGGCGGCGGUGUGUCAGGCGGUAUCCGUACCAAGUCUCGAGCCGCCGGCAGAGAGAGGCAAAAAACCUCUUCUCGCAUGGUGGACGAUGAUCCGGAUGGUGAUGAUCACGGCAACACAUCAGAUGAGAUGUCCGACAGUGACUGCGCGGACGAGACUCGUCAAAGAGGUCAGGCUGAGGGAGGAGAUGAUGUGAUGACAACUCUGAUGGCACUGGCGACAUGGCAGAUUAGAGGGAUGUGGUGUUGUCGAGUGCAUUCUUCUGCGUGCAUGGGAAGUUGUGGCAUAGUGGGUCUCGAGAGGUGGAUGCAAUGUGCAUUUGUUAAGUGAGAGUGGAGCGUUGGUUGCAGCCAUGGCGGCAGAGAGAGAGAGAGAGAGAGAGAGAGAGAGAGAGAGAGAGAGAGAUUUCGUUGUUGUACUCUAUUUGCUGCACUGGUAG